AUGUCCUGGGCAUCAAUUCAUUUGGACAAACUCAAGGUGUGGUUCUCAGCCCAGCGUCUCAAGCACGGCGUCAGCUGGACUCCAGAGGAAGUGGAGGAGGCCAGGAGGAAACAGUUCAACGGGACCGUGCACACAGUGCCUCAGACCAUCACCGUCAUCCCUGCACACCAACUGUCAGCUGCUGCCAACGGCCUGCAGUCCAUCCUGCAGACCUGUCAGAUCGUGGGCCAACCGGGCCUUGUGUUUACACAGGUUGGUCCAGGUGGGAAUCUUCCAGUGACUAGUCCAAUCACGCUGACUGUGGCAGGAUUGCCCAAUCAGUCUCAGAGCUCCAGCCGAGUCUCCUGUCAGUCCACACCGACAAACAGUGAGCUAAAACGGGCUACCACAGUCCAGCCUCCCUCUCUGUCUCCACAGGAGAACUCAGCCCUCAGUGCUGACUCUUUCAGUCUGCGACCUAAGAAGUCCAAAGAGCAGCUGGCAGAGCUGAAGGCCAGCUACCUGAAAAACCACUUCGCCUCAGACGCAGAGAUCGCCCGGCUGAUGAAACUCACCAAUCUGACGAAGGGCGAGAUCAAAAAGUGGUUCAGUGACACCCGCUACAACCAGCGCAACUCCAAGAACAGCCACGUGAUUGUUUUCCACGACGGAGGCGGCCGCGGGGGCAGCAGCUCUGGCAUUGCUGCAAACACCCCCAUCGUUAUUGACUCGAGCGACGAGACCCCCACAUCCCCCCAUGCUCCAAACACUUCCCCCGUGAAGGAGAAGGAAAAGGAGAAAGAGACCCGAGUCAAAACCUGGAAUCCUUUCCCCGACUUCACUUUGCAGAAGUUUAAAGAGAAGACUCCCGAGCAGCUGGUGGUGCUGGAGGAGAGCUUUGAGAAGAGCAGCAUGCCGUCAGACGAAGAGCUGAGUCGCCUGAGGACAGAAACCAAACUGACUCGGAGGGAGAUCGAUGCCUGGUUCACUGAGAGGCGAAAAGUUCCAGCUGUGAGUACGUCCUCUCCGGACUCCUCUGAGGGAGGGAAAAUUGAAACGGAUAACUCAAAGGCAGAGGAAGGAGGGGAAAUACAAGGUUCAAGCGCCUCCCCUCCAUCUGCCUCCUCCUCUAGAAAGGGGAGUCAAACUCCUCCAGGAGGUCGCAGCAAGCAGCUGUCUGGUAGCAGCAAGAAAGACCUGAAAGAAAAAAGCAAAAAGACUCCAGAGCAGCUCCACCUCCUCAAAAGUGCCUUCGUGCGGACGCAGUGGCCCACGCCGGAGGAGUACGAUCAGCUGGUGGAAGAGAGCGGCCUUCCCCGCCAUUACAUUGUCAGCUGGUUCGGGGAUUCCCGGUACUCCUGGAAAAACGGAAACCUGAAAUGGUUCUUUCAGUACCAAAGUGGCAACGUCGAGGGACCAAGCGACGCAGGCGGCAGUAAAACAGGAGGCCGGAAAAGACGCGGUCGAAAUCGUGGCUGGGCCCGGUCCAAAACCAGGAAGCAGCCAAAGAGGUCCUCCUCCUCUUCCAGUGCAGAUGUCAAAAGAUCCCCUCCGUCAAAGAAAUUCAAGAGUGGGCGGGAAAUCCUGAAGGAGUACUACCUGAAGCACCACUUCCUCAGUGAGCAAGAUUUAGAUGAGCUGGUCUCCAAGACCAACAUGAGCUAUGAACAGGUGAGGGAGUGGUUUGCUGAAGUUCAGCGACGCUUGGACUCGGGGUUGGAGCCCUUCCCGGAGCCGGCUGCGGGGAGAACGGGUGGGGACAAAGCAGCGCAGCAAGAAGCAACAGAGACACACGGAGAGAGAUCGGCCAACGCCGAGGAGCAGGCUGAAGCAGGAGUGGGAGAAGAGGAGGACGACGAAGAUGACGAGGAGGACGACGGCGACGAAACAGACGACAGUGAGGUUUGGGAGCCGUCACGUAGCGUCAGGAAAAGUUUGUCCCUUUCCGAAGACUAAAGAUUGAGAUCUGACCUGAAAAUGGAGUCCGUUAGGUCAACACCGGUCAGUUAGUGAAAUUAAGUUUUCUUUGCUUGUUUGUUUGCCACUGACGUGCAUGAACAAUUACUGUUUCACUUUUUCUCAAAAACCUCUUGAAUCGAGUGCACAUAAGACACAAAUAACUUCAGUUCCAUCUUUUAAGAAAAAGGAUCAAGAUCAAACUUUGACAAAGUUUAUUAAGCAGCUGCUGCAAAAUAACUUUGCAAAAAGAGAAUAAUGUGUUAAAACUGAGCUGAGAAUGUAACCCCCCACCAACCCCUAGACCCCCAAACCCCCAAAUAUCUCAUCCAUAAUAUAAUGUAAAAGGUGGAUUAUUUGGGCAAUCAUCAAUUUGGUCAUCCACUGUGUUCCUGAAAGUAAACAAACUUGCUGACUGGAAACCUGGCAUGUUUAAACUUUAAAGAUGCCAGGUUUCCAGUUUAAACUUUAAAGUAUUGAAAAAUACAUGGAAAACCUUUGCUGGCUUGAAUUGUGAAAGUAGUCAGUUUAACCAGCUUUCAGUCGUCAGUUCAAUUAUCAGUUUUUUCGCUCCUCUGAUGAUGAGGUAUAAAGACUGAGAAAUUUAAGGUAACCUUAGUUUUUUCCUUUAAAGCUGAAAUGUCCUUAGUUCUAAAACUGACUACAGUUUGUUCACACUGAUAGUAAAAUGUUCACUUUGAGUUGCAACUUGCACAAUUAAAAAGAUUCUCAAAAACUGAGCGUGUCUAUAUACAUCUGCUGAGGAUUGGUAACAAAAAAACUAUGAAUCUAAUUGUGGAAUUUACUUUGAUUAUUGAUUCUAGUGUCUAAAUUUCAUUGAAAACUUCAGUUUGUGCUCACCAGGAGUCGUAACGACACCAUAGUCUGAGACUGAAGCUUAACUUGGCAAUAAAACGAGUAGCCAGAUGCUGCAUAGAUGCCGAUGCUAAGAUGCUUUUAAAUAGGACAGAAUGUUUUCCCUUUAUACUGCCUUACUGCUUUAGUAACAUGAGAAAUUUGUAACUGAACAUCUGCAAAUGCGAUGGUGGAGAUGCCGCAGAAUGUGUGUGGAGUCCUAAUAAUGUUUUUAAACUCUUUUUUUUCAUCUUUUGAUAAAAACAAAUGUCCUGUGCUGUUUUGACCCUUUUUAAAAGGGAUACUUAGAUCCAGACAGUAAAUCUGCUGUGCCAAAGUUGGAAGUGUUGCCUCCCGUACAGAGAGCAGUUCGUGGCUGGAGACGCUGUAGACAACGAUGCCCACUGUGAGGUAUAAAUCCUGAAAUCGUAAAAAAGACAGAAUGUUCUUCAUUGGUGGUGGAUCUAAGUGUGGAUCCCAGAUGGAUUCAGAGAGAACCAAACGAUCAUGAUUAUAAUUAGAACAAAAUCACUGACACAAGAUGUGUAAAUCAUUGUGCUGUGAGGAAAAAAAGGUUUAACAGUAUUUCAAAUUAAAAUCUGAACCUAUUUUGCACUGAAAAAAAAUACCCCCUAAAGCACUUAAACUCAUCUUCAAAAGUUUGCACUUUUCCACCUGAUUAGGCACCUUAAGUCUCAUAUUGUACCAUGAAAUGGCUCUGAGAGACCAAACUUGUUUUUUUUUAUGACUAACCAGUAUUUUGCCUUUUAUAUUCCUGUGGUUUUGACAAGAAGGAAUAUAAUCAGUGUAUUGAUCUUUCUAUUUAUAUACAAUGUGUUUUACAGAGCUGGACAUUUAUAACAGCUCAAAAAAAAAAAAAAAAAAGAACAAUCAUGCACCAUUUUUAUUUGCACUAAAGUAUGUUGCAUAAGCCCCCGAUUUGAUAAUCCGUCAAUCUGACAAAGCCUAAAAGUUGUUGUUUUUGUUGAUUGUCUUGCUUUAAAUGACGGGAGCUGUCUCACAUCUUUUGUUAUUGCUCCAUUCACCCCUUAAUGACUCCUUAUGCCUUUUUAUUGAGUCAUUGUUGUCAAAUGAAUGACUAGACUCAUGACUUGCACCUCCCAGCAGGGGGCACUGUUCUGUUGGGUUCCCUUUCAUCACAGACUGACACACUGGGGAACCGGGAACCAAAGGACUGAAAACUGCUGAAACAACUUUUGUGAACAGUCUCAGAAGCGAGAUGGCAUCUCCUUUUUUGUAGAAAAUUUACCAAACGAUGCCCUUUUUUGUGUUUUUGUUUUCUUCUUCUUACUACUUAAGAAAAAGUUUGGAUGAUCUGAAAACCCAGCUACUGUUCUUCGCUGAUCGGAGAAAGACUCUGAUGACGCUUUAUUGGUAAACCUUCGUGCCUACAUGGCUCCUACACUUGUUUGAACUCAAGUUCAUGAACUCUUUAAUCUGAAAAUCCAAAACCUUAAAGAAGUUUUGUUCAAACUAAAUAAUGAUGAAACUCUGCUUUCCUCUGACGUUAGAUUAUGACCAGAAACUGAAACUUUAUUCAGAAAGUCAAUUUUAAGCCUUUUUAAUGAAGCUAGUUGGAUUUUGUCAACAGGCACUUGUCACAACCAGACAGGGACACGUUCAGUUGCCCCGACAGCAUUUAUAUGAUUAUCCUUUGAACAGACUUUGACUGUUUGCUGUAACUUAUCUUGGUUUUAGGAAUUGACAAAGAGCUGAAAAAUCGUUAUGCAUUUUGUUGUUAAGUGACAAGUGCCUGUCUAUGAAAAGGAUAACCUGUAAUGUUGAUGUGUUCUUUUGUCAUAUGUUGCAUGCGAUAACCAGAACAAACAUCUCAUGUUGUAUAUAUUAAAUGUAAGGUUGGUGUACUUGGGACAGUCUGAAUAGGGCUAAACUGUUUUUUUGGCUUUAAUAAUUACAUAAUACAUUUUUCUUAAAAGGUUGACUUCAGCAAACGGUUCAUUGUCAUGAUCAUGUGUCUGACUCUAGAGAAAUUUGUUCAUGGUCAAAUUUAACUCCUUUCAUGGAAAACAUACAAAAUGAUACGAAAAGGUACCUUUCCACUGUGUUGCCCUGAACCAUUUCCCCCCUAUUACCUAACGUCCGGGGACUUUUUAAUAUCCUCUCACUGUUUGUUUGCAUUUCCAAUGUGGCGUUUAAACCCGUUCUGUUGAAGUUUAGUGUCACUCCUCCAGGUUUGGGAGUGUUGCUUCUUUCUAAAUGUAAACGUGCAAUGCACCAUAGGCUGUUAAUCUAUUAAUAAAAGUACUAAUGGAA